UCCGGUGCUCGCUUUGCAGCCGUGUAAACGAGGCCGGGGCGGCUCCAAGGCGGGGCCGGGAUCACAUGGGCGGAUGCGGCCAGGAGCGGUAGCUGGGCCUGAGCGAGCCGGGCCGCCCCGCGGACAUGGGGCAGGGGGGGAGCCGGGCUCCCCCGGCCGCGCUGGACCUGAACCCGCUCCCAGACGAGCUGCUGGCGCUGAUCCUGAGCUGGGUCCCGGGCCGCGCCCUGGUGACCCGCUGCCGGCCGGUGUGUCGCCGCUGGCGGGACCUCAUCGACGGGCCCACGGUCUGGCGGCUGCAGGGCGAGAGGCGGCCGGGCUUGGGGGCCACCCUGGCGGCCACCCGCCUCUGCCCCCCGCCGCAGUGGAGCCGGAUCUGCCUCCUGGAGCCUUUCGGGCGCAACCUGCUCCGGAACCCCUGCGGGCAGGAUCAGUUCUCUCACUGGCAGGUGCAGCAUGGGGGCGAUGGCUGGCAGGUGGAAGAGAACCUCUGCCCGGUCGAGGGCGCCCCGGCCCAGACCUGCUUCGUCUCAUCCUUUCGCUGGUGCGUCAAAUCGCAGCUGGUAGAUCUUCUAGAGGAGGGGUUGUGGGAAGAACUGCUGGAUACCUACCAACCGGAAAUCUACAUCUCCGACUGGUGGGGCGCCCGGUAUGACUGUGGCUGUAAAUACUCCAUCUGUGUCAAGCUCCUGGCUGCCAACAGAAGUACUGUAAUCGCUGAAUUCCAGGCUGGUCCCCAUCGCUUACCACCGUCGAGUGACUCGCCGUAUCACCAGUUGUCCCACCGGUUCAGGCAGUACGGCCGUGGAGUGCGGUAUGUGCAUUUCCUCCACAAAGGGAAGGACAUUCUUUUCUGGGCAGGACACUACGGCACACGGAUCACCAACUCCACUGUCAUGGUGAAGCUCAACCGAGAGCCAGGAGCGGGUCCCCAUGAAUCUCUCACAGUUUUUUCUGCCAGCUGAUGCCUGUGGUGUUGCCUGUCUGAUGUGUAUCCAAAUUCACAGGCAGCAGGGGAUAUCGUCCUGUUGACUUGGAGGCGUGAUGCUGGGGGAUCUGGUGCUCUGUUACCUCUCUCAAAAAAAA